GCGCGACGGUCACACUAGCACCUCCAGUGCCCACAGGCAGCAGCAAGGAAAACCACCACCCGAGGAUUAGCGGACAGGAGCCUGCCUCUCGGCAGCAGCAGCAGUAGCAGCAGCAGAAGCAACAGCAGCCAUUCCACAUGGAGUCCAUCGACAUAGCGCGUCUGGAGGAGGCGGUAGUGUCCUUCUACCGCUCGAACUCGCAGAACCAGGCGAUCACCCAUGAAUGGCUUACCGAUGCGGAGGCCAGUCCUCAGGCCUGGCAGUUUUCUUGGCAGCUAAUGCAGCUCGGCAAGAGUCAGGAGGUGCAGUUCUUCGGCGCCAUCACGUUGCACUCCAAGCUCAUGAAGCACUGGCACGAAGUGCCGCCCGAAAAUCGCGAGGAGUUGAAGCAGAAGAUCCUCGAGUCCAUCGUCCGCUUCGCUGGCGGGCCGAAGAUCGUCCUUAACCGGCUAUGCAUCUCGCUGGGCGCCUACAUCGUCCACAUGCUGGGCGAAUGGCCCGGCGCCAUCGAGGAGGUGAUCAACACGUUUCAAAACCAACGGAUGCCAAAUGUCAGCGCCGAUGUGCAGUUGUGGAUCAUGCUGGAGGUACUGACCGCCAUUCCCGAGGAAGCACAGGUCAUCCACACGUCUGUCAAGCGGGUUGUUCUGCGCGCCGAGCUCGGCAAGCGAGUCCAACUGGUCAUCCAGACCGUUGAGCGAUAUCUGAAGCUGCAGAUGAACCGCGUGUGGGAUGCCGAGACGUACAGCAACAUGAACAGGGCCGUCAAGUGCGUCGGCACCUGGAUCAAAAACAUCGGCUACACUAUCGAGGGCUGCGUCACCAUCACCGCCGUGCUCCUGGAAGUGGUCCACAAGUGCUACUGGCCCUGCAUACACGCAGGCGACGGCUGCAUGACCGCCGAUGAGAACGAGCUGGCUGAAUCCUGUCUGAAGACAUUAGUAAACAUCAUCAUCCAGCCGGACUGCCACAACUACCCAAAGACGGCUUUUGUGCUUAUAAAAAUGUUCCUGGAUUCGCUAUCCGAAAUCACAAAGACGGAGUGGAAGAGGGAGAAUGACAACGAGGACAUUAUUGUACAUAUCUACAUGCUGUUCGUAUCGUCCGUGGAGCGGCAUUCGACGCUGUUGCUCAGCGGAAUCACGUCUGCGGAUCCGGAACUGUCGCUCCUCGUGCACCGUAUUGUGCAGGAGAUUCUCCACUGCACAGACAAGCCAGGCAUCUAUCCCGUGGAGGAGUCCUGCAGCACUAUGGCCCUGGCGUUUUGGUAUAUGCUGCAAGAUGAAGUGUUUGCCAUGUCAAACGAUGAGCAAAAACGCAAGUGCUGGGAGUACAUCAAACCAUUGUACGCCCACCUAACCAGAAUACUAGUGAGAAAGUCAGAGCAGCCAGACGAAAAGUCUCUCGCCAAGUGGAGCUCGGAUGAUUUGGAAUGCUUCAGGUGCUACAGACAAGAUAUAUCCGAUACCUUUAUGUAUUGCUAUGACGUGUUAAAUGCCUAUAUCUUGGAGAUUCUGGCUGCCAUGCUGGACGAGGCCAUUGCUGAUCUGCAAAGACAUCCCGCCCACUGGACAAAGCUGGAGGCGUGCAUCUAUUCCUUUCAGUCGGUGGCCGAACACUUUGGCGGCGAGGAAGUGCGUCAAAUACCCAGGCUGAUGAGAGUGCUGGCAGAGAUUCCCUACGAGAAGCUUAAUGUCAAGCUACUGGGCACUGCGCUGGAGACAAUUGGCUCCUAUUGCAAUUGGCUGAUGGAGAACCCUGCGUACAUUCCGCCAGCCAUUAACCUACUGGUGCGCGGCCUGAACUCCUCGAUGUCAGCACAAGCGACGCUCGGCCUGAAGGAGCUGUGCCGUGAUUGUCAGCUGCAGCUGAAGCCGUACGCGGAUCCGCUACUAAACGCAUGCCACGCUUCCCUGAACACGGGCCGUAUGAAGAACUCGGAUUCGGUAAGGCUUAUGUUCAGCAUCGGAAAGCUAAUGAGCCUGUUGCAGCCAGAGGAAAUACCCAAGUACUUGGAUAUCAUCGUUAGUCCGUGCUUUGAAGAGCUACAGGCCAUUUGUCAGGCAGAUUCGAAAACUCCGGCUGCUCGAAUUCGCACAAUCUUCCGGCUCAAUAUGAUCUCCACUCUCUUCUCGUCGCUGAACACGGAUGUGGAUGAAGAGAAGACGGACCAACCGGUUGUGCAACCAGUUCUCCUCGUCAUGCAGCGAACGAUGCCCAUCUUUAAAAGAAUCGCUGAGAUGUGGGUGGAGGAGAUCGAUGUCCUGGAGGCCGCUUGCAGCGCGAUGAAACAUGCGAUUACGAAUUUAAGGAGCAGCUUCCAGCCUAUGCUACAGGAUCUUUGUCUCUUUAUUGUGGCCAGCUUUCAGACCCGAUGUUGCGCUCCUACUUUGGAAAUAUCCAAAACGGCCAUUGUUAUGUUCUUUAAGGACGAGGGCUGCAAGCCGCUGAUGCAGCAGCUUCUGAGGGAGUUCAUUCAACACAGCUUUAAGCUGUUUGAAAGCACCCCCGAGCAGAACUUUUCAAACAUUUCGGACACUAUGGAAACCUUCUUCGGCUGUCUGACCCAGAUCAUUAAGAAAAUUCCCCAAGUGUUGGAGGACACGACACUGGCCUACGAUCGACUAGUCUUUUACGCACAGCGUGGAAUGACUUUACCGGAGAGUGGAGCCAUUCGAAACAGCAUACAGUUUCUAACCCACUUUGUGAUGCAGUCCCGUAACCACACCCACGCCACCGAAGUCGUCCUGACCACUGGCGAGCAGACGCUGUACACGACGAUGAUGUGUGUUGGCUACCUAACGCCGCGAUCGCAGGUGGACAAGUUUGCAGACAUCCUUCUCGCCAUGAACAGGAAAUAUGCCGCUGAGAUGGCUGUUUGGAUGAAGUCCCUAAUGGCAACUCCAAAUUUUCCCACCCAGCUCAUAACCGACGCGGAUAAAACGCGCUACACUGCUCUAAUAAUCAAGGAAAAGGUCAACAAGAGAUUGCUGCAACAGCAUCUGUCGGAAAUGGCCAUCAAGACCCGAGGACUCACAGAAAAGUUCCAGUGAAAGAGUAUAUAUGCAAUAAGUGGCCAAAUGACAUCUCUAUCCAUCCGGAUUCUUA